UUGUUUAAACUCUACUUUAGUAUUUUGGAAACAGCUCGCCACCUGAGGCAAAAAGAGACGUCUAAUGGUUUAGAAGACGACGAAGAGGAAACUCUGCCUGCUGCUUACCAAACGGAUGCCAAGUUCGUAGAGUACGAGUAUGACAAACUUCCACCCACAACAAAAUUAAUGAUACAAAUAGACGGAAACGUAGAGCUGCAAAAACUUGGUUAUGUCACUCAUAUUGUCUUCGAUGUUUUCGGUGCUGUUUCAAACCCACUGUAUUCAGUUCGGUUUAAUAGUCCUAACGAAGCUCAACAACACUGUAUUGGCAAAGUUGUCUAUUAUGCUCCUCAUUUGGAAGAUCUUACUCACACAAUCUUCACUGAUCAGUUGAAAAGCUUAAAAAUUUGCGACUCCUGUUGGGAUGGAGAAGGAGAGUGUCCAGACGACGAACUUGCUUUUAGUGAUGAUGAAGAAGAGAAACGGUACAUGGCGAAAGUGAGACACAAUAAACACAGCAAGAACUGGAGACGAGGUUAG